AUGGCGUCAGAAAACGCUCCCGAGACGGGCAAGUGCGGCGUCAUCGUCGCUCCCUCUGACGAGAGUCCUAAGGAGAGACUCGCUCAUGCCGUUCUUGAUGACCUACUGUACAACAUUCUUCAUGAUCUGCUGCUGAAGGUUCAUCGCGACGAGAAAAUCGCCCGUGCGAACACGGCUGCGAUCAAGGUUGAGAAGCUUGCUCAGAACUCCGUCGACGGCGCAACCGAUACCAAGCCAGAUGUCGAGGUCGAAACCGAGGCUGCUGUCUACAAGGACGGCAAGGUUACCCUCAAGGGCAAUCCCCUUAAGACGACCAAAGAGAUCCUUUGUCCACGCUGCCAUCUUCCGCGCCUUCUCUACCCGACCGAUGGCAAAGGUGCGCGCAAGCCCGAUCCCGGCGUCAUAUACUGCAAGAGACACCCGUACAUCGAGAAGCCCGGCUAUGAUAUCUACGGCCAGACUUGGGUUGCCCCCGGUCCGGGACGCGGCAAGAAGAAGCAGAAACCCGACCCGAACGAUCCCAACUCGCCUAUCACUGCCGACGUCAGCGCCAAGGACCGCCCUCCCAACGUUCUCAGCUUCCCCAGCGCUACCUGCUCCAAAUGCAAGCGUUGCAUUCUUGUUACUCGCUUGAACAAUCACAUGGGCGCCUGCAUCGGCAACAGCGGCCGGACCGCUAGCCGGGCUGCUGCCCAAAAGAUUAGCAAUGGCAGCAAUGUGGGUAGUCAGAACGAUAACACUCCCCCCGGAAGUCAGAAGGGCACCCCGCUGCCGAGCAGCCGUGCGGCUAGUCCCCGCAAGCGCGAUGCAGACGAUAUGGACAAUGAUGAUGGCGAUGAGGAGGAUUCGUCUAAGCCCAAAAAGAAGGUCAAGGUUAUCAACAAGAAGGUUAUCAUCAAGACCAACAAGAGUCCUGCCGGCACCCCCGGCUCCAUUUCUGUCAAGAGCAAGGAUAAUAAGCCUAAGACCAGCUCCGGUCUCUCUGUUGAGCAGAAGCCCGAUGAGCCAGCUACCGCCGACUCUGUCGUGGCCAAGCCUGACCCUUCGACCGUUCAGGUCGCCCCUAAGAAGACCAUCAACCCCUCUUCAGGUACUUCUAAGAGCGCUUCCCCUGCGAAGAAGAUUAAACUUGGUCCCGCAAAACCGUCUCUGCCCCCGCCGACGGCAGCCGCCGCGGCCGCUAAGAAAAUCAAAAAGGAGAAGGACGAGAGCGAGUCUUCUGGCACCUUGUCGUCUCCUCUUCGCUGA